UUUGAAGUGAAUUGCAGUUACUAGUCCGGCCGAUUGAGCUGCACGAAAAGAAUAGACAACUAGGUGUAGCAGUGAUAUCGUAGACAUAUUAUUCCCCUUGAAUGUGUUUUCUUAGACCAUUCAUUUUCUCUCCGCGUAGUGUGUCGAUCUGCUUAAUGCAUUGCCAUCACAAUGUUGGGACAUCAUCAUCCAAACGUGGAAAAAACACAACUGGUCAGCUAUGUGGAGGAUUAUCUUGAAUGUGUGGAGUCUUUGCCUUUGGACAUACAGAGGAAUGUUUCAUUGUUGCGGGAAAUUGAUACAAAGUAUCAAGAGGUGCUGAAGGAGGUCGAUCAUGUGUAUGAGAAGUACAAGAAGGAGACGGACGGCGGCCAGAAGAAGCGGCUGCAGGUCCAGCUCCAGCGCGCGCUCAUCAGCAGCCAGGAGCUGGGCGAUGAGAAGAUCCACGUGGUGACGCAGAUGAUGGAGCUGGUGGAGAACCGCGCGCGUCAGAUGGACUCCCACUCGCAGUGUUUCCAGGAGCCGGCGGAGCCCGAGAAGAUCGUGGAGAAGGUGAAGCAGGACGUCGUGCCCCCGGAGCGCUCAUCGGCCCGCCGACCGCGUCGCCAGCGCAACAGCGAGAGCCGCGACUCCUGCCACACGACCAACGGCGUGGACGAGCAGGGCGAGGAGCCGCCGCCCAAGGAGAAGAAGUCCAAGUCGGCCAAGAAGAAGAAGCGCUCCAAAGCUAAGCAGGAGCGCGAGAUGUCGCCGGUGGAGUUCACCAUCGACCCCAACGAGCCCACUUAUUGCCUCUGCGACCAGGUUUCCUACGGGGAGAUGAUAGGCUGCGACAACGAACAGUGUCCUAUCGAGUGGUUCCACUUUUCAUGCGUUGGACUUACCUAUAAGCCCAAGGGGAAGUGGUACUGUCCUAAGUGCAGAGGGGACAGUGAAAAGACAAUGGACAAAAGUAUUGAAAAAACUAAAAAAGAUCGGAGGUCUAGGUAGUGGACUGAUUUUUUUUUCUUUUUUUUUUUUCUUUUCCAACAGUUAUAUGGUCGAUAAAACAAUCUUGUCUGAGAGGCUAUGCAAUCUAUUGCGUUAACACAAUACUGAAAUGAUCAGAUAUGGUCAAUUUGUUGCUGCAUCCAUUCAAAACAAACAACAUGAUCAUAAGAAGGUGCUGUGACAACACUGGUAUAUUGCAUAGAUUGCCAGCUGACCUCUAUUCUUGUAAGAAAAACAAGAAAAGCAUCGUAAGUCCUACAGUUUAAAGUCACCUCUAUCAGACACAAACGUAGAAAUGCACUUGGGAAGUCUCAUUUGGCAUUAAGUUUCUGAACUGAAAUUAAUGGUUUACUUUACUUUCAUUGUGGGGAAUGCAUUCUUUUCUAGUUUGUGUCUAAUACAGAUCCGUGAACACAUUACUUUUGAUAUAUAUAUUUUUUGUGUGUUUGUACAAUGGGAAAGAUUUGGCCUUUUAAAUGUCUUCCAAAACAAGUUACUGAUUCCACUGUUGUAUAUUUUGUUUAUUAUUUCUGAUUUCCUUAAAUUUGCAGUAUUUAAAUAAACCUGUGACAUUUGACUGUU